CCUACACGCCGAGACCAAACCGAAACACUUUCUCUCUCUCCCUUGUUUCUCGUGCUCGGAAACCCUAGCCGCACGAAGACUUCGCCUCGCCCCCACAUCGCCCGCCGUCUGACCUGCCUACGAGGGCGAACGAUGGCCGCGGAGAACUACUGGAGGUACGCCGACGCGCGGCAGCAGCAGGCCAUGGUGGCGGCUGCGGCGGCCGCGGCGGGGAUGGCCCCUGCAGCUACCGUUGCGCAGGCCGCGACGGCCGCGGGGGGCAUGCAGCAGCACCAGCACCAGCACCAGCACCAGCAGGCGGCGAUGGCGCAACAGCAGCAGCAGCAGCAACAGCAGCAGCAGGCGGCCGCGCCGUCGCUUAAGCGCGCGCGCCCAGACUAUGGCGAUGGUCCUGGAGGACAAGAGAUGGCUGGAUAUUAUCCGCGGGAAAAUGCAGGUUACCACUCACUUAGAGACAAUGAAGCAAUUGGAGCAUCUUACGACCGCUACUUACGCAAUGGGAUGCCUUCUGUGGCAGCCAAUGAACCAAGUAGGGCAGUUGUUGGUGCCAUGGGUGGAGCUGCAAUGGUUGGUGGUGGAAUGAGUGGAUAUCCUGUUGAUGACCACCGUAUGAUGGGUGUCGUUGGUAUGGACAGCAGAGCCAUGGGGUAUGGUGCAAGACCUGAGCCUCCUCUUCCCCCGGAUGCAUCCAACACCUUGUAUAUUGAAGGUCUGCCUGCAAACUGCACCCGUAGGGAGGUUUCACAUAUAUUCCGCCCUUUUGUUGGUUUCCGUGAAGUGAGGCUUGUCAACAAAGAGUCAAGACACCCUGGUGGAGAUCCUCAUGUCCUGUGUUUCGUUGAUUUUGAUAGCCCUGCCCAAGCUACUAUUGCACUUGAAGCCCUGCAAGGUUAUAAGUUUGACGAACACGAUCGUGAAUCAGCCCAUUUAAGGCUGCAAUUCUCGCGCUUUCCUGGUCCGAGGUCAGCUGGCGGGCCUCGUGGUAGGCGUUAAGUCGUGCGGGUCAGGCGGUUGACGAACCUACCGUUUAUACGAGCGAUCGAACCUGCUUGGUGUAACGCUUUGCGCCGAAUUCUCCGCCGGUGGCUCGUAGGGUUCGUCAGCCCUUGUCGUGAAAGCGUGAAAAGGACGAUGCAAUAAUCUCGCUGUUCAGUAUCCAUUAGAUUCUCGGGGUCGCAUGUGUGUCUGCUUUAGUAUUUAUGGUCUACUGUAUUUUGUUAUCUCGCGGCGUGACCCAGACAAUAUCAGUCUUUUAUCAUGUGUAACGCUAACUUUCUUAAAGCACUUGCUCGUUUGUUUAGCCGUGCUAGUAAUAUCAACUCUUUUCUUCGUCUUGCA